AUGGCGGGCAAAGGGAAGAAGAAGCUCUUGUUGUGGCAAAAGAAGGUGAGGUCGAGGAGCAGAAGAGCGGGGCUUCAGUUCCCCAUCGGGGGGAUCGCCCGUUUCCUCAAGACCGGCAAGUACGCGGAUCGCGUCAGCGAAGCCGCUUCGGUCUACCUCGCCGCCGUCCUCGAGUACCUCGCCUCCGAGGUGGUGGAGUUGGCGGGAACUGCGGCGCGUGACAAUAAGAAGAAUCGGAUCAGUCCGCGGCACAUCCAGCUGGCGGUGAGGAACGACGAAGAGCUGUGUAAGCUGCUGGGCUCCGUCACCAUCGCCAGCGGCGGCGUCACGCCCCACAUUGACGGCCGCCUCGUCCCCAAUAAGUCCACCUCCGGCAGGACUCCUCCUCCGGCGGGAGCUGAGCCGCCUGAGCUCGUCUCUCCCCUAUGGGCCCCCACGCGCUCCCUCUGA